GAUGUCACGUGAUCGCCCCCGGAAGCGCGGCCUGCUGGCUCAGUUCUGGUUGAGCUUGGGACGCUGGAGAGUUUCGGAAUUAUGGCGAAGUCCGGGAAGGAGCUGGAUGGUCAGAGCGUGGCUGCAUUCACGGUGUUAAAGCGGGCGGUGGAACUAGACUCGGAAUCCCGGUACCAGCAGGCUCUGGUGUGUUACCAGGAGGGGAUAGACCUGCUCAUGCAGGUUCUGAGAGGUACCAAAGAUGAUACAAAGAAAUGUCAUCUCAGAAAACAAAUUACUGGCUACAUGGAUAGAGCAGAAAUAGUGAAGAAAUACUUGGAUCAAGAAAAAGAAGAUGGAAAAUAUCACAAGCAGAUUAAAAUAGAAGAGAAUGCAACAGGUUUCAGUUAUGAGUCACUUUUUCAAAAAUACCUUAAUGAAACAGUUACAGAAGUUUGGAUACAAGAUCCUUAUAUUAGACAGAAUCAUCAGCUAUAUAACUUUCUUCGAUUUUGUGAGAUGCUUAUUAAGAAACCAUGUAAAGUAAAAACUAUUCAUCUUCUCACCUCUCUGGAUGUAGGUAGUGGGAAACAGCAGCAAAGUAGUGGCCUGCAAGAAAUAAAAGAGUCACUCCAGAAUUACGGUGUGUUAUUGGAAUUAGAAUAUUCUUCUUCAGUACAUGACCGAGAAAUUAGGUUUAACAAUGGAUGGAUGAUUAAGAUUGGAAGAGGACUUGAUUAUUUUAAGAAACCACAGGUUCAGGUGCUGAUAAUGCUGAACCUGAAAAGACCCAAGCCAGUUUGCCAAGCUUUAUUAUAUGGAAAUUCAGGGUCUCAGGAAAGCAAGUGUUGGACCUAAUCAGAAGUUACUUUCUGCAAAGUAUCGUAGAUUAUUUUGCCAGGUACCUAUCAGCAUGUGGAAGCAGAGUGGCUUUUCAUUCAGGUUGCCAACUUCCUCAAUAAAGCAACCUUUCCUUUCCCACCAACACUUGUCUCUUGAGUAUUGGCUUUCAAACGGCGAGUUUGGAACUGGUCCUCUGUCCAAUAACAGAAAGACCAUGUGAGCAUACAGCAAGAAGGCAGCUAUCUGCAGGCCAAGAAGAGAGGCCCCAGGAGACACCAAACCCACCAGCACUUUGAUCAUGGACUUCCUGGCCUCCCGAACUGUGAGAAAAUAUAUUUUUAUUGUUUAAGCCACCUGAUCUGUGGUAUUUUAUUAUGGCAGCCCUAGCAAAAUAAUAUAUACUGCUUUGUUUCCCUUUUUUAAAAGGAAUCAGAAUUAAACCUUGUCCUGAAAAUGGAAAUCAUCCUUAAUUUUUGACAAGGGCUUAACACAAUGUCAGCAUCUUUUCAUGGCUACUGCCAGUAUUAGCUGUGCUGGGAUUCCUGCAGUAGUCUCCCAAAUGGCUUUCUGCUUCCUGUUUUCUCUCCCUCCAAUCCAAUCUCCACAGAGCAGACAGAAUAUAACAACUGCAGUGUCAUUGCACUUAAAAUAAGAUCUAGGCCUACCUUGGGCUGUCGUCCCUACAUGAUCUGGUCUCUUCUCUCUGUCCUCAUCUUGCUCCAUUCUCCCCUUGUUCCCACACUUCAGUUUGCUUAUACUUCCUUUGACACCAUCAACAACCCUAGCUUUUACUUGCUUUAGGGGUUCCUGUAUGCUGUUGGGUGGUAGAGUGUACUGUAUAAAAAUGGUUGCAAUAAGGGUAAUUUUUAUGACUUUGACAUUCCUCCCGUAGAGAGGUGGCUAUUGAUGUUCUCUCCUCUUGGAUUUGGAUGCACGUGUGACUAUAUAAGUUGCUUCCAAGACAAGGUAUAAAAGGAAAUAGUUUCUCUUGGGCUUUCUGGAGUCACUUGUUCUGGGAAUACAGCUACCAUGCUGUGAGGAAGUUCAGGCAGCCUUGAUUAGGCCCAGGGGGAAAGGAAUUGAAGCCCUCAACCCAUAGCUCCAGCUGAGCUCCCAGCCAACUGCCAGCACCAACUUGCCAGCCAUGUGAGCCAUCUUGAAGCAGGUAUUUCAGCUCUUUAAGCUGUCCUAGCCAAUGCCACUGGAUCAUAUGUGCUAUCCCCAUCAAAGCUCAAAUUGUAGAUUUGUGAAUAAAAUAAAUGUUGUUUUAAGCCACUAAGUUUUGGAGUGGUUUGUUAGGAGGCAAUAAAUAACUGACAAAACUGGGAAUACUCUCCUCCCCACUCCACUUUGCUUGGCUGCUUUCUUCUCAUUCUUCAAGUCUCCAAUGUCCGCUCCCUGACAGCUCUAGCGAGGCAGCCCCUACUAUUGUCUGUUAGAACUACCCAGGCUUUUCUUGCUUUAUAAUUAUAUACUGACUGUCCACAUUUCCUGUUAGGCUCCUGUGUCUUAAACUCCGGUCUUGACCAACUAUUAAUGGGUGUUAGAAUAAUUUUUAAAAGAUGAAAUAAAAUCAAAUAUAAAAUGUCAAAUAAGUAAAUAGUAUAGGAUAAACGUUGCAUUGUAAAACUUGUUAGGUAUAGAUAAUAUCUGUGCUAAUAUAUAAUAUAAAAUAUAUUUUUUUACUCUAAGUUUUUAAGGAAUUCAAAAGCCAGUACACUAAACUGUCAAUUCCUGAGGUCAGUAAGCCUCUUUCAUUCACCAUGAACAUCCAACUACAAAGUACCUGGCACAUAGUAGGCAUUCAAAAAAUACACAGUAAAUACCGUAGAAAUCAGAGGAGUAUGUGAAUGAACUGCAGAGACACGAAGUGGUUGGCAGUGAUGUUACUCCUUCAAGAAAUCUGGCGAUGAAGAGAUGUAGAGACACAACAAAACCUUAGGCAGGGGUUCUGGGGAAAGAAGAGACGUGAACAUGUUCAUUCGCUAUGUGUAAGGAUCCAGUAAGUGGAGAGAGAAAAUGUAAGAUAAAAAAGAUAAGUAUUUAAUAGUAGAAGGCCCAAACAGGUUGGAAAGGACAAAGAUCCAGGUACAACUAGCCCUAAGGAAAAGGUGUUGAGAAUGAAUGAGAAAUGUUGAGAGGAAAUAGGGUGCUGCAGGACCUCAUUUAUGAAGGCCUCCACUGUCAAAUUAUGAGUCAAGGUUUGUGACAAGAGAAGUGGAGUUCUGAGUUUAAGAAAAGUGGAAACAUUUAUGAAUAAGGCCUCUGAAGAAUGAGGGAGUCAAUGGAGAGGAACUGAAUCUGACACGAAUAGGGGAUAAAUAUAAAUAUGAAAUUGGGUUAAUCUGCAUGAUUAUGUGAAUUUUCUUCCAGCAUUGCCUGCCAUCUGGGUAUGAUAGGAGUAAAAAAUCAGCUGAUGGAAUAAUAAUAAAACAAUGGCCAUUAUAGGUCAAGAGAGAAAAGCAAAUGAGAAUGCUGUAAGAUAAGACAGUAUACUUGAAAGAAUUCAGGGAUGGAUAGGAAGGGAGAUGAAGCAAGAGAUUUGGAGGGUUAAGGGCUUAGAAAAGUGUAAUGGGUUAAUUUAACAGGAGAGGAUGGUCGAUAAGAAAGUUCAGCUGACAAAUAAUGUGGGGGUUAGAGGUGCUGACCAUGGCACAGUUGAAAAUCCACAUGUAACUUUUGACUCCCCAAAAACUUAACUAGUAGCCUGUUGACCAGAAGCUUCACUAGUAAUCAUCAAGACAUAUUUUGUAUGCAUUAUAUACUGUAUUCUUACAGUAAAGCUAGAAAAAAUGUUACUUAAAAAUUGUAAGAGAAAAUACAUUUAUAGCACUGUAAAACAUCUUCAUAUAAUUGAAACCAUCCAGUUCAAACCCACUAUUCAAGGGUCAACUGUAUAGUUAAAAGGAAGAAUUUUAGAGCUGAAGGUAUCAGAGGUGACAAGAAGCCUGGGUUAUAUUCCUUAGAGGUAAGAAAAAGAACUAACUCAGAGAUCACAGUGUUGAAUAUCAUAUACACCCCCAUGAUGGUAACAGAGAAAGGAGUAGAUAUAUGUGUGCUAGAUUAAAAAAAAAA